AUGUCUGACAACGUUACUGAUCCUUCCAAGCGCCAUUGGCACGGUGAAAUAGGUGACCGCUACGAUCCUCAAAACGUUUGGACUCACGGUGGUGUCAAAGUUCCUGCCAAUCGUGCUCCCUGGGCUCUCACUCCUGAAAUGAUGGCUGCCGACAACGCUCGCCGAGACUCUGCUACUUCCAGCAACGGAAGUGGUUCCCCCACAGCCAUGAAUGACCGCCGUCGCUCAAGUGCUAGCUCCAAGUCCGGCCCCAUGUUCGCCGGCUUGCAAUCGGUCAAGCGUGAAUCUACCGAUGCAAACAUGACCGCUCGCCGUGCCAGUUGGAACGAGCAGAAGCAGCCGGGCGGCUUCUUCUCGAAGCUGUGGGAGGGCUACACCCGCGGCAACUAA